GCAAUUAUAUUAUGUCUAAGUAGUUUUUAUUUUAUCAAAUUUGUGCUUUUGAGUCAAAACCUAGCACUAAUUGGUGUGAUCACUGGUAACUGACACUUUCGGCUUCUAUUUCCUCAUCUCUAAAAAGGGAGCAAAAAUACCUACACUAAUAAUAAAAGUAAUCCUUAUUGUAAUAACGACAGUGAGGGCCAUGUUUAGCUCAGUGCGCUUCAGAUGUAUUUUGUUGUUUAAUCCUGGCACGAUCUAAUGAGAUGAAUUUACAACUGAUUUUCUGGAUUGGACUGAUCAGUUCAGUUUGCUAUGUGUUUGGCCAAACAGAUGAAAAUAGAUGUUUAAAAGCAAAUGCCAAAUCAUGUGGAGAAUGUAUACAAGCUGGGCCAAAUUGUGGAUGGUGUACAAAUUCAACAUUUUUACAAGAAGGAAUGCCUACUUCUGCACGAUGUGAUGAUUUAGAAGCCUUAAAAAAGAAGGGUUGUCAUCCAGAUGACAUAGAAAAUCCCAGAGGUUCCAAAGAUAUAAAGAAAAACAAAAAUGUAACCAACCGUAGCAAAGGAACAGCAGGGAAACUCCAACCAGAAGAUAUCACUCAGAUCCAACCACAGCAGUUAGUUUUGCAAUUACGAUCAGGGGAGCCACAGACAUUUGCAUUAAAAUUCAAGAGAGCUGAAGACUAUCCCAUUGAUCUCUACUACCUAAUGGACCUCUCUUACUCCAUGAAAGAUGACUUGGAGAAUGUAAAAAGUCUUGGAACAGAUCUAAUGAAUGAAAUGAAGAGGAUUACUUCAGACUUCCGAAUAGGAUUUGGCUCAUUUGUGGAGAAAACUGUGAUGCCUUACAUUAGUACAACACCAGCUAAGCUCAGGAACCCUUGCACAAGUGAACAGAACUGUACCAGCCCAUUUAGCUACAAAAAUGUGCUCAGUCUUACUGAUAAAGGGGAAGUAUUUAAUGAACUUGUUGGUAAACAGCGCAUAUCUGGAAAUUUGGAUUCUCCAGAAGGUGGUUUUGAUGCAAUAAUGCAAGUUGCAGUUUGUGGGUCAUUGAUUGGCUGGAGGAAUGUUACACGGCUGCUGGUGUUUUCUACGGAUGCUGGGUUUCAUUUUGCUGGAGAUGGAAAACUUGGUGGCAUUGUUUUACCAAAUGAUGGACGGUGUCACCUGGAAAAUGAUGUCUACACAAUGAGCCAUUAUUAUGAUUAUCCUUCUAUUGCUCACCUUGUCCAGAAACUAAGUGAAAAUAACAUUCAGACGAUUUUUGCAGUUACCGAAGAAUUUCAGCCCGUUUACAAGGAACUGAAAAAUUUAAUCCCUAAGUCAGCAGUAGGAACAUUAUCUGCAAAUUCCAGCAAUGUAAUUCAGUUGAUCAUUGAUGCAUACAAUUCCCUUUCCUCAGAAGUAAUUUUGGAAAACAGCAAAUUGCCAGAAGGAGUAACAAUAAAUUAUAAAUCUUACUGCAAGAAUGGAGUGAAUGGAACAGGGGAAAAUGGAAGAAAAUGCUCAAAUAUUUCCAUUGGAGAUGAGGUUCAAUUUGAAAUUAGCAUAACUUCAAAUAAAUGCCCAAAUAAGAAUUCUGAAACCAUUAAAAUUAAACCUCUGGGCUUCACUGAAGAAGUAGAGAUUAUUCUUCAGUUCAUCUGUGAGUGUGAGUGCCAAAGUGAAGGCAUCCCUAGCAGUCCAAAGUGUCAUGAAGGGAAUGGAACAUUUGAGUGUGGAGCUUGUAGGUGCAACGAGGGACGAGUUGGCAGACAUUGUGAAUGUAGCACAGAUGAAGUUAACAGUGAAGAUAUGGAUGCCUACUGCAGGAAAGAAAACAGUUCAGAAAUCUGUAGUAACAACGGAGAGUGUGUCUGUGGACAGUGUGUUUGUAGGAAGAGGGAUAAUACAAAUGAAAUUUAUUCUGGCAAGUUCUGCGAGUGUGAUAAUUUCAACUGUGAUAGAUCCAAUGGCUUAAUUUGUGGAGGAAAUGGUGUUUGCAAGUGUCGUGUGUGUGAAUGCAACCCUAACUACACGGGCAGUGCAUGUGACUGCUCUCUGGACACUACUUCGUGCAUGGCCACAAAUGGACAGAUAUGCAAUGGCCGGGGUGUCUGUGAGUGUGGUGCCUGUAAGUGCACGGAUCCCAAGUUUCAAGGGCCAACUUGUGAAAUGUGUCAGACCUGCCUUGGCGUCUGUGCUGAGCAUAAAGAAUGUGUUCAGUGCAGAGCCUUCAAUAAAGGAGAAAAGAAAGACACAUGCGCACAGGAAUGUUCCCAUUUUAACAUUACCAAGGUUGAAAGUCGGGACAAAUUACCCCAGCCAGGCCAGGUUGAUCCCCUGUCCCACUGUAAGGAGAAGGAUGUUGAUGAUUGCUGGUUCUAUUUCACAUAUUCAGUGAAUGGGAACAACGAGGCCAUUGUACAUGUUGUAGAGACUCCAGAGUGCCCCACUGGUCCAGACAUAAUUCCAAUUGUAGCUGGUGUGGUUGCUGGAAUUGUUCUGAUUGGCCUUGCAUUGCUGCUGAUUUGGAAGCUUUUAAUGAUAAUUCAUGAUAGAAGGGAAUUUGCCAAAUUUGAAAAGGAAAAAAUGAAUGCCAAGUGGGACACGGGUGAAAAUCCUAUUUAUAAGAGUGCUGUAACGACUGUUGUCAAUCCGAAGUAUGAGGGAAAAUGAGCACUACCUAUACAAAUUUUACAACACUGAAUGCAAAGUAGUGAUUUUCAUAGUCACAGAGAAAAGUAGCUUUAGGGCAAUGUCACCAUGGGUUUUACUUGUGUAGGUUUUGAAAAUGUACAAUAUGUAUAAUUUAAUUUUUUUUAUUAUUUUGAAAAUAAUGUUAUAAUCAAUGCCUAGGAAUGACAAGACUUGAGAUAGGAUGGUUAUCCUUGUCAGCUAAGGUCCCGUUGUGCCUUUUUGACCUUUUCUUCCUGUACUAUUGAAAUCAAGCUCUUAUUGGAUUAAGUGUUAUUUCUAGAAUGAUUGAAAGGACAGUAGUUGAGUGUGAUGAGAGUUUUUAUUAAUCAAGUAUUCAAACUGUUUUGUAGCUUUACAGAUAUGUCCAUUUUCAGUUAUAAAAAAUUCCAAAGUAUCUUACUGGUUAGCUUAGAAUUGUUUUAAAUUAAUUUUGUAAUUUCCCUAUAAGACAUGAUUUAUGACAUAUCUGAAAGAUGAAUAUUUUAGAAGUUAGUUUUGAAAUAUUUUAUCUACAAAGGCCAUGAGAAAAUGGGAGAGUUAGGAAGGGAAAACAGCUUUAAAAUAUGUGUGCCAUUUUAAGAAUUACUUAAUCUUAGAACUUUUAUGCCUUCUGUUUAUAAAUUCAAGCCUUGGAUAAAAGUAUUGGGGAUAUUGUGCAAAAACUCCUUAAUUUAGCAUUAUUUACCUAAAGCCUUAAUUUACAUAGCAUUUUUUUGAAUUGAGGGCUUUUGGGUGAUUUUAUUUUGUUUUGUUUAAAGCCUGGUGCUUUUUAUCACCACUUCUACUCAUUUAAUGUAUUUACAAUUUUGAGGCAAGACUUUUUUUAAAAUCAGUACUUUUUCUUUGAUGUUUUAGCUGUAAAUUUGCCUUUCAAAUGAACAUGUGAAGUUGUACUGUGGCUUAAACAACAGCUAUCACUAUACCAGUCAUAUUUGCAGUUAGUGCUAUAUAACAGACCACUGUAUAUUUACUCCUCACUGUUUGAGUUGCCCCUUUUGUUUCAUACUAGUCACAAUCUUAUUUUAAGUGCCUUUUAAUUUUAACAAUUCACUUUUUACAAUGCUGUUUACUGAAGUUAUUUAUUAAAUAAAAAUG